UUCACGAUGAGAUCACCUCCCGGUUUCCACGAGCUGACGCAUCUGCAUUCAUAACUUUUAUAAAUUUUCACUUACAACUCGAUUACAAGACAUUUGUCCUGGUAAAAUUAUCAAAUUAUCGGUAGUAUGACACAUUGAAUAAUUCUACUCCGUCUAUCACGUACUGAUAAGACUGCCAUUCUGAGUUUUAGUUAUUGUUCUGUUAGUCACGCCAAAUCUGAAGCGAAAAGUGAGGUAAUUCCAGUGUUAUUUUGUGGUAUCGAACGAAAGUCAGGUCUGACUUCAUUCGUCCAGUGGAUUAAACAAUAAUUUGUUUCUCCACGGGUCUCCUCAAAAUCGCCUAUAUAAUGCCCAUCAUCGAAAUUUUUCCGUUAGUGGGAAUGAGAGAAGGUAGACGAUUGAACGGAAUCCCCAGACACGAUGUCUAGCAGCUCUUUGAAGCCAACGGAAUGGGAGAGUACAAUUUCAAUUCCAACAACACGUGAAGAAUUCAACCGAAUGCUUGAUGCAGUAAAGUGUGAAGUUCCAGUGAGAUGCCCGUCAGAAGGAGUUCUCAAUGAUAUUAUAAUCUUGUUUAAAAAUGGUGUACGCUUGAGCAGACGUCGGUUGGAGCACAAGAUAACAUUGACAACGCGAAAUAUUCUUGGAUUUCAUCGUGGAGUUAGUUAUCCGAUAGUGAGAACAACAGCUCACGAGCAAUUAGCUUCACAUCCACCGCUGCAGGAUAUUGAACGUAUGACCCAUCGACUUGUUAAAUUUGUGGGUCAAGUACGCCAAACAUACAACAAAGAAGAGUGCGAAAAGGGUGAACGAUACACUCUCGAGUAUGAGAUUGAGUAUCCAGGUGACACAUCAUACACCGAAAUUUUACGUCUUGAAUCCGAAAUGAUGGAUUGCGCUGUCCAGCACAAACACUUUGCCGCAGCUCAAGCAAUGUCACUUGAGAAUAUAUUCGCAUGUGUCAUGUCAAAAGUGCAAAUGUGGCAUUGCUUCGAUGACAAACAGCUGUACCAUUGGGCCUACAAGUGGAACGGUGUAAAAGCCAAAAUGAUGGUACAACGGGACGAAGAUAUAGCCUACCUGUGGCCUGAUGCUGGUGUUAUCAAGACACAGCGAUUCGAGGGUGAUGUCGAGGUAUUCGCCAAUUUGUGUCUUCUUGUGGAGAUCAUGGAGGACAGAGUUGUCAUCAUCGAAGUGAUUGGAUCCUCAUUUGAUGGACGCAUUCAUACCACUGAACCGCGUACGAAUAUCGAGUUUUUGGAUCAUUUGAAUGACUCCGUCAGCAGAUGUGAUGGUACCCGAAUUGGUGGUAAAUCUAUUGUUGUUCAGGCGUUUUAUCCACCACCGAAACCCGACAGAUACGAUGAACAACUUCACGAUGGCUUCAUAAUUGUUCAGAAUGAUAUUAUAAUCAAAUGGAAAAUUCCAACUCUCGAUGUGAAGUGUAUUGCUCCAUUCACGUACUCCGCUGCGAAUAGGAAUUUUUAUCUGGAUUUGGAGGGUGAAGUUGAUGCCAUUUAUGAGAUUUCAUCGAGUCACAAAAUUUUACGACGUCGGAUUGAUCGAAUUGCUCCGAGCAGCGCUGAAGAGUUGGAGACAUUUCUAACAUCCACUGAGCUGCUCAAUGCUUGUCAAUCCACAUUUUCAUAACGAGGUGUCUUUGUUCUGGUUGGAAUUGAACUCGGAGUUAUUUGAGUUGCCGUCGGAGAAGAGGGAAGUGUCAACUGUAAGGUCGAGGUCUACGACCCCCGAUGCUUUCCGAGAGUUCGUGUUCGAAUGUGUUGAGGCGGUUCUUACUAGAUGUCUCCACUUGCUGUAACUCAACAUUUUUUGUACAGAAAACACCGAGUUGGUCCUGUCCCUCAAUGAUUGAUCCGAAAUUUCAAAAUCAAUGAAAAAAUUCACAUCAUUCAAAUCCAUCAUUUAUUCAAACCCUCUCUUCCUGUUCAAUUUUUUUAAAAAUUUCAUUGAAAAAAUAUUA